CCAUACGGGUACUUGGUACCACAACCAGAGGUAUGAUCAUAUCCACACAGGUAUGUUAAGGUAGGAUCAUACGCACCAUUACUACUAGUGACCAUUUCUCGUCCUUCCGUCGACUCACUUCAGAAUUCGUGCCAUCACCGUCAUCAAUAUUUUUCGGGAAAACAAAGAAAAAUUCAAACAUGGUUCCAAAAUCUCGAAUCAUCGUUCUCGUUCUCUCUCAGCAUCAUGACCGCGGUACUCGUACGAGUAACACCGGUAGUGUCGAAUAGCUACGAUACUGCACAUCCGAAUAGAGAACCUGAGCAAACAGAGGAGGGACAACAGAAUGGAGGAUUCCAAAAUGGAGGACGCUCCCGCARCUGUUGGUUCGAUGGACAGAAAACCGGACGAAGCUCCGGCAGCUGAUGUCACCGAGUCUUUCCCUGAUCAGAAAAGAAAAACAGAUGAUUCAGAAAACAAUACCAAAGCAGAGGUUCAAGAAAUGCUGCUGCUGAAACCAUAUUUCGAAUCAAAGGGUGUUUCAAAAGACGACAUUCAAACGACGAUUCGUGUGCUUGCCGCCAUUACGGACCUGUCCUCCUCUUCCAGGAAAGACAGCACCAGUAAGCACAGCCGCAUGCGCGACUAUCAUCCAAGUUCCAAAAAGCGCAAAAUAAGCAGCGGGGAAGACGACAACAAURCUACUGCURCYGUCGAAGAAAAGAAAGAAGACGAAAACGAUGCCACCGAGGAAAAAGAAACAAAAUCCAAUAGUGGCAACCCCGAAUCUCCACCGCUAUCUCUCCUGCUCAACGAGUAUCGAACGGUGAAGGAGCUCCGCCCCUUUCGGAAGGCCCUCAUGCAGUGCUAUGCUAAGAUUGUCAAGCCGACACUCUUCGAUGGACACUCGUCCCUUGGUAACUACCAAAAGCACAAGGAGAAUCUGAGCCUGUCCAAGAAACGAAAAAUGGCAGAGAACCACCAGCAGCGCAAGCACCUCGCCAAUACAAUGCUUCGGAAAGGGCGCAUCGACAAACUCAACGCCAAAUUGGAAGAGGGGAAGGACGAGGAGCAAACGAAACUGCAGGCGAGGAUGAUGAUCCCCGAUGGCCACGUGGAUACGGAUACUACUACGACAACCCUGGCAAUCGAGAACGGAAGCUGCAACAAMCCACCAUCCAAAAACGAUGCAUCGGGCCAAUCACGGGCCACCGAUGCGAAAUGCUCCACUCCCCCGGAGGUGGAAACCGUGGACGAGAGCGGAGAGGCAUCUNUCAUCGAUGUCGGCAUCGUCUUCGACUACCACGCGAUGAAAUCCCAGGCCGAUCCUCUCCAGCCUUUUUUCGUCGUCUUCCAUGGCAGGAUCCGAGCUGGUUUCCGUGGCUCGGCAGAACGCACGCAAUACGGCCGAAUCGCAGUUGCCUUCUUCCUCCUCGCUGGUUCCUUCCCGGUGUUUGUUGCUGCCUCGCUCCGCCACAAAGGUCACACGGUCUCCCUCCCCAAAGCACCCGCCCCGCAGGUACCCGGUGGGGCUCCCCGGAAGCAAAAAGUCCCCCGCCGCUUUGUUGUUGAUGGUUUUGAGGACAUCGCCCUCCACGAGGGGCGURUUUCGGAGAAGCCCGUUGGAAUGAUUGGUGGCGAUCAUGUCGAUAGAGAYGGAUUGGUUGUCUUCCUCCCGUGGUUUCCCGUCGUCCUCUCCGCCGCCCCCCAUCCUGGCAAGGCGCAGCCCGUACGAUUUGGACGCCUCGUGGACGACCGUUACACUGAUCCUGCCUGCCUCGGGCAAAAACGGCGGGGGACUCGAUGACAAAGACAAUUCUUUCUCGGAGGGCAUGGGAACUGUGAUCGAAUUCGAAUUCAAGGGAGAGGAACACGAUGAAACGGUYCGAGAUGGUUCGAGGUCUGGAAUGGUUCCGAAGGCUGCUUAAUAUCCUUCUUGGGCUUCUAGUGUUUGUUCUUCUUUCCAAAGGAGAGAUUUGUGAUGAGAGAAAUCGGACGUUCUUUAUUCUCGUUCGCUCGCGAGAACACGACAGAAGGUAUGAAAUAAAUUGAGUGGAUGCAC